AAUGUGUGGGGCGGUGGACUGAUGGUGGAGUGGGGUCUCCUACUCAACUUCUUUCCCCUGUGCCUAGCGUAGUACCUAGCACAUUGUAGGUGCCUCCCGAAUUAGGGGUGAAUGAGGAAGGAGAGAAGGUAAUAAGAAAGGAAAGAAACAGUCCUCUCACUUCAGUACACCCUGGGCUUAGUACGCUCCCUGGCUCCACGGAUAUUUGAAUGUGUGAAUGAAUGAAUGAAUGAAUGAAGAGGAGGGAGGAAGGGAACUUUGAAAAAAAGACACAGCCUCGUGCACAUUUGUGUAUCCCCAGGGCCCAGCCGGUGCCCUGCACGUAGUGGGUUUCCCUUGGAUGUCCAUGACAUCUGGGGUGUCUCUGGGGCUCAGGGUCCCAGGUCGGAGCUGGCAUCCUCGUCUGGCUUGGGCUGGCUCUCCCCAGGGCUGACCUUGUCUCUGCCCCGGCAGGUGGACGAGCAGAUUCACGUGUGCUAUGCGCAGACCAUGGCCGAAUGGCUGGGCUGUGAGGUGAUUGUGCGGCAGAGGGAGUGGGAGUCCCAUGCGGCUGCCUUGGCCGAAUGCUCGUCAGGGGCCAGCCUGGACAGCCACCUGCACCAGAUGACGCACAGGGACUGUACCAUCAGCAAUGAGGUGUUUGAGUCUGUGGACGAAGUGGAGCAAGUCGAGGCAGAAGGCAGGUUGGAGGAGAAACAGCCCAAGAUCCCCAGUGGGAACCUGGUGAAUGGCACCUGUUCCCCGGACUCUGGCCACCCCUCCUCCCACAACUUCUCCUCGGGCCUCUCGGAGCACUCGGAGCCCAGCCUGAGCACAGAAGACAGUGUCAUGGUCGCCCAGCAGAAUGCCCCCCGGCACUUCGGCCUGGGGACAGCAGCGUGGAGGACGGGCAGAGCAGUGAGGCCAUCACCUCCUGGGACAAGGCCCCCUGCAAGGAGCUGGCUGUGCAGGACAGCUUGGAGAGUGACCUCCUCGCCAACAAGAGCAUGGACGAGAUCAUGUCCCUCGCCGGCAGCGUCGACGUGGCCCUGCCCGAGGAGGGGGCUGCCAUGGAGGGCUGGGGGGGCGGCGAGGUGGAGAAGCACAGCCAGGUGGACAGUGAGGACAACCUCUCAGAAGAACCCGAGAUGGAAAGUCUCUUCCCCGCCCUGGCUUCUCUGGCCGUGGCCACAUCUGCCAACAACGAGGCGUCCCCCGUGUCCUCCAGCGGCACCACUUACUCUGUCUGCAGCCAGAGCUGCUGGACCUGUACACGGUGAACCUGCACCGCAUCGAGAAGGACAUGCAGAGGUGUGACCGCAACUACUGGUACUUCACGCCCGCCAACCUGGAGAAGCUGCGCGACCUCAU